UAUUUGACAUGAUCAUAAAAUCAAUUCAUUAUUUUCAUUUCAAUGAUAAAUACGAUGGACCUUUUUUUAUUUUUUAUAGAGUACAUAUUCAUUGAAAUAUGUCAUAUCUAUGCGAAGAAUAAUCUUGAUACUUCAUAAUGUACUAAAAGUUCUAUUUUUUUUCUUAAGCUGGUGUCUAGUUGGCCAAAAUUGUAAGACAUUUUUCGACACCAUUAUAAGGUUCUUUAAAACUUUGUUUUUACCAUUUUGUAGAGAGGAAAAAGUUGUACAACAUAUGUGAAAUUCAGCUUGGGUACUUUUAAAAUGACUAAAUGGCAGCUGAUAUACUGAAAAUAGUUGACAUAGUUUUCACUUUAAAAAUCGUCAAUCUUAGAUAGUAUUUGAGAAACAACUUCCGAUCAUAACAUUGAAAUAUAAGUUGUAAAUAGUUGAUUUUGUUUAGCUUUCGAUGCUCUAUCUUCUGGUAUAUUCCAUUAAUAAUUUCAUUGAUUUAUUGUCAUUUAAAAAUAUUCAAUUUUUUAGGAAUAAUUUUUGACAAUAUUUUGCAAAUAACCUUGUCAGUGCUAAAAAGUCGAAUCGGGCUAACUUUUCACCAGCUCAACCAAAUGCGCUAAAAAUUUGGAUUUAGAGGUUUUGGAUGAUGCUGAAUAAGAGAGAAUAUCAAAUCAAAAAACUAAAUUUUCACGAAUGCUUCGAUAUCGAUCACGAUGCUCAAUAGGCUCGUGGAUCCUCUCUUAAAGAUGUCACUUAAAGAUAUGUUACUAAUUUUUAACAAAUAGUACAAUAAAGAAAUAUUAAUGAAAAAAUUUUUGCAAAAUUUAUUUCUCGAUUUAAUAAAAAAACUUCAUUCACCAUUGAAUCAAGAAGGAAAAAAGAAAAUUAUUUCAAACUAAAUUUUAUUUGACUUUUUUGUAGUCAAAUAGAAGAUAUAGCUAGUAUGUUAAAAGAAAGGGAAUUACAUGAAAGACAAAGCGAUUCAUUUGCUUGAAAAUUAGUACGAGGAGAAAUCGAUAAAUAAGCUAUUUAGUGGUUUUUUUGCUUAAAACUUUUUAUUUCUAAAAUAAAAAUUUUUCAGGAUGAUAUAACAAAUGAAUAUAUUUAUUUAAUAAAUAAUGAAGAAUGUGAGAAAGGUUUUAUUUCAAUUGAAUAUAAUUCUGUAUUAAAUAAAUAUUUUUGUAAUAAAAUUGAAGAGAUAAAAAAGAUGGUUGGAUUGAAGAUGAACAAAUUCUUGAUAUACCACAAAGUAUUUAUUUAUUUGAUUUAAUUAAAGUUUUUCCUUAUUUUUUUAAUUUCGAUUCAAAUUCAUCAUUUGAAUAUGUUAGAAAUGAUAAAAUACAUUCUUUAUCAAAUCUUCGAAUUGGUCUUAAAAUAAAAUUAUGA